AUGGUACUUACUAAUAUAGAAGAGCGCUUCAAUGUUUUAAAAUAUACAGUUUUCCAAACUAGAAUUAUUGAAAUGAAAACAGGAAGGCAAUCAAAUCGAUUAGCAACUCUUGAAAAAUCUAAAAUUUUAGAUGAAGUUGAGAGAAAAAAAAGAUUAAAAAAAAGAUUAGAUUACCUAGAAAAGGAUAAUUUUCAAGAGGAUCCUUUUGCUAAUUUAAUAAUAAAUAAAAAAAGGCCUAAAUUUGAGGUGGAUGAUGAGGAAGAUGAACAAAAAAAAAGAAAAAAUAUGUCAGCAAGUGAAAGAAAAGCAGAAAUUCGUAAAAAAAAAUUAAGACAAGAACAUUUUAAACAAAGAUUUAGGAAAAAUUUUGCUGCUUUACUAGAAGAUGAAAAGUCUAAUUCAGAACUACCAAAAGAAAUAAAACAAUUAUAUGAUAAAGCUACAGCUCCACCAUCACGUUAUCCGGCAAGGCGUUAUUGUCAACCAUGUGGUUUUCCAUCAAAAUAUAACUGUCUUCGAUGUGGUGGUUCUUAUUGUUGCAUACAAUGUAGAGAUAUUCAUUUAGAUACCAGAUGCAUGAAAUACACAUGUUAA